AGAAAUGGCAGGAAGAUCAUUGCUCAAUAGGGACAUUGAGAGGGCGCACCGUGCGGCCAAGCUAGAGGCCAACCCUAAUAGCUUGUCACCAAUGGUGACACGCGGGGGUAAUCAAAAUUGGCAGAUACACCCCGGUUGGGUUCAGAGGUUGAAGUGGGCUGGACUUCUACCUUUUGCACGGUUGGUUGAGGCCACUAGGUCAGAGGUCAUCGGUGAGCGAGUAGGCACACCGAUCAAGCGCCUUCAGCAGGACCACUCCCUACUGACCAACCUGGUGGAUCGGUGGAGGCCCAAGACACACACGUUCCACUUUCGAUGGGGAGAGAUGGCCCCUACUCUCCAGGACGUGUCUUUCUUACUGGGCCUACCGUUGGCGGGUCAGCCCAUAGGCCCGCUGGCAGAACCAGUGCUUUGGGAUCAAGAAAUGUCUGCACGUUUUGAGGGAACUCGUGCGGGCCAGACUGAGUUUCUCUGUGAGGACCACGGUCCAAAGUGUGACUGGUUACUCAACUUCGAGGUUUCACAGUUCACACCGCCGAUGAGUGAGGCACAGAUCACUAGGAGUCUCGAGGCGUACAUAUUGUGGCUGCUUGGGAAGGUCAUGUUCACAGAGAACCAUCAGACCACCAUCAGCAGGCGCUUCAUCCCCAUUGCACUGGAGAUAGCAGAGGCACAAACCGCCGACGACAUCAUACAGCGGAGUUGGGGUUCCGCGGUUCUAGCAUCCACAUACCGAGGUUCCCGAUUGGUCGGCCAGACAUAG